GGCUGGACUCCCAGGAAGGAAGAGUUUCUCUCCACCCUCUUCCUGCCCGGGUUCCCCUUUCUGUGACAGCCUUUUUCCUUCCUCCUCUGACGACGGGGCGGUGCAGAGAGAGGCUCCGUGGGCGUCGAGGAAAGUUUGGCUUUAUAAAGAGGCUCCUGCCACCUCUCAGCAUUCAGCCAGCCAGCCAAGAGAGAGCCAAGAAGAUCCCAAGGGAAGGAAGGAAGGGAGGGCUUGGAGAGGCAGACCAAGAAGCCUUUGCAGAGUCGGCAGCAGAGUCUCUUGCUUGGACCCAUUUCCUUGACGGAGAGCGCAAUUGUCGGGCUCAGCUUCUAAAGCUGCGUCCUCCUCCACCUCCUUCUUCUCCUUGUUGGCUACAUUCUCCUCCUCCAGCCAUGAGUUCAGAGCAUCUGGUCCAGGACCCCGAGAAAGGGCUCCUUCCAGUGGCGAAGGAGGCACUCCCCAAAAGCCAAGGGGGGCCCUGGAAGUGCCUCAGCAUCACCGCCUUCCUGCUCUUGGCCGCCGCCACCGGGCUCUUCGCCUUCCUCCAGUAUGGGACCCUCUUCGGGCAGAAGGACUCUGAAGAGAACAGAAAGUCGUUCUCUGAAGACAUCCUACCAGAAACAAUGAAAGUGCAAGCCCUUGUAUCUGGGAAACCAGCUGCCCAUGCUAUUGCUUCCUUGAACCAUCCUAAUCAACUGAUCUGGACAACUGACGUGGCGCCUUCAGUGCUGGAGAAUGGCAUGAAGCUGGACAAGGCAGAAAACGCCUUGGUGGUGCCCUCCACGGGGCUCUAUUUCGUCUACUCUCAGCUCCUCUUCCACAAAGGCAGCUGCACGGACCCCGUGCUGCUCAGCCACAGGAUCACUUGGCGCUCUGCCCAGUUCAACUCCGAGGUGGAGCUGCUGAAAUCCCUGAAGACCGCCUGUGAGCACGGGAGGGAUCCUCCACACCAGGGCAAGAUCUGGUUCGAAUCCAUUUAUCAGGGGGCUGUCUUCAAGCUGCACAAAGGAGACCGCCUGUGGUCCAAAACAGAUUCCCUGGAGUAUCUGGACCUAAAUCGUAAUGGACAAAUCUAUUUUGGGGUCAUUGCCAUGUAAGGAAAUUCUUGCACUGGAUGCCCUCUCUGAAGUCAUUUGGGGAGUUUUCCCCUCUUACCUGGUCCCAUUACUUUCCUUUUUUGUGCCCACUCCCCAAAUGCUGCCUCGUCGGGUCAAAACUGUAAACUGACUUACGAUAUGUGAAAGUUUUGAGAGGAUGGGUAGCAAACUAGUGUUAUUUUUAUGCUUAUUUAUGGUAACCUAUUUAUUUCUAUUUAUUUAUUUAUGUGUUUAUUCAAUGAGAGUAACUGUUGAAAUGCUGAGAUGAUUUUGAAUGUAUACUUAGUUUGUGAGCUACACAGCUGCAAAUAUGCAAAAGUUGAGUAAGUUACUUUUGAGCUACAUCUCCCAGUUCUGAAAGCAAAAAAAAAAAAAAAAGUAAUGUGCUGUGCACACAAUGUAAUAUCUGUGUAUGGAUGUGCAAAGAUUUGGCUGAGGCUCCAAAAUGAAGGAAUCCCAGUUGGGAUUGCUGUGGAAUUUCUGAAGCUGCCUUCCAUUGGGGAAUUGUGCUCCAUUGGAUCCAGCUUUCAGGACCCUUCCUCAGAUUAUUUGUCUAUAUACUAUGUAUAUUUGCUGUGGUUAUUUGACUAUGUCAAUGUGAUUAUCACUGUUAAUGGAAAUUGCAAGCAGAAGUGAAGUAUGUUAUGUCUAUGUAUUUUGUCUCCCAAUAUUGUGGACAGUAGUAUUCCCUUCUCAUUGCAGUGACGAAAAUUCCUUCCUGGUUUUACUACAGAGCCACUAAAUUGGAAUAGGAGAUUUAUCUGGCUGUGGCACUGUUCCCAGAGGCAAAAUGGGGCAUCAGAGGAUGAUGUAACCAUUUUGUGUCUUGCAAUGAGAACAUAGCCAAAUGUUUCUCUUGGGAAGAAUGGCCAGGCACUGAGAUAGCCCUGUAGCAAUUCCUGUGAAUGGCGAAUAGCUGGCUGUGUGGCAGUUCUACAUGCAAACUGCUAUUCUACACUGAAUCGUAUGAGAUUCCAGCUAGAAUAUUUUACAUGAACUACUUAUGAAUUUUUUUGGGAGAAGAGAGGGGUCACGAGAUUCUCUUCCAAUUUACUGAGGGAGAUUUUUCUCCCUGUUGGAUGAUGCCGUAUCAAAUAUGCAAUCCAAUAUCAGAGUGCCUGAGAUAUUCCAGGUGGUUUAAAGCUUUAUGCAUUCCCUUCAAAGAAAAGUUUUCUAAAAGGUAUAUAUAUAUUUAAGAAGAUUAUUUAUUUAUCUAUUUAUUUAUUUAUAUGGUUACUUUAUUAUGAUGUGUGCUCUGUUUCACACAGGGCAGAUUAUUUUUUAAAAGGAUUGCAAACGUUGUUUGCAUCUCUACUUGAAGGAAUUUUUGAAGACCAAGCAAUAAAUCUUGCAAAAUAAUAAAA